AUGUAAUAGGAAUAUGACUAAAAAUACCGGAACAAUCCAAAAUAAAGUAAAUCACCUAGCAAAUGCAUUAGCUAAAUGUAAAUUAGCCUUUUGGGUAGUUUUUUGGUUUGCCUUUGUUAUUAAUUUAUUGAUGUUAAUAACUCCUCUUUACUCUCUACAAGUUCUUGAUAGGGGAGUGGAAAUUUAUAUACACUUUUAUGGUUAUCACUUAUCAUUGGUUCAAUUUACUUUAUCUAUGGGUUAUUACAAAUUGCUAGUAGGUGAAUGGCUUGAUAAAACUGUAUCCCCUGUGAUCUUUGGUUAUUCUAUUUCAGCUUCUGCUGCACGUAAUAAUAUGGCUGCAAGUCAAUUAUUAAGAGACUUUCAAGCAGUAAAGACUUUUUUAACUAGUACUGGUAUUAAUACUUUAUUUGAUGCACCUUGGAGUAUUAUUUACAUAAUAGUUAUUUUUUUAAUUCAUCCUUAUAUUGGUAUCAUAACAAUAUGUGGCGCUAUAAUUAUAAUAUCAUCUGCCUUUUUUAAUGCUGCCGCUACAAACAAAACACUUGGUGAAGCAACUGAAUUUUCAAUAAAAGGUAUGACCCAAGCAGAUAUUGCUAAUAGAAAUGCAGAAGUAGUUGAAGCAAUGGGUAUGAUGAAAAAUGUUACUUUUAAUUGGCAUAAAUUUAAUAAAGCAUCUUUAGAGAAACAAUCAAUAGCAAGCUAUCGUAAUGGAGUUAUUUCAAAUUUUUCAAGAUUUAUCCGUAAUAUAAUGCAGAUGGCAGUAACUGGUAUAGGAGCCUAUGUUGUUGUAACAACUGGUGGUAAGGAUAUGACUACUGGUGGCAUGAUUAUGAGCUCUAUUAUAGUAGGCAGAGCUUUAGCACCUUUUGAUAAUGCAAUUGAUUUAUGGAAAAAUAUGAGUGGGGCUCUUAAGUCUUAUAAAAAUAUUAAUCAAUUAUUUAAUAACACUAUAUCAAGGGAUGAGGCAAUGCCUAUUCCAAAUGUUCAAGGUCACCUUACUGUUGAAAAUAUUUUUUAUGCUGUACCUUUACCACCACAAUUAUUACAACAACAAUCUGUACCAAAAUAUAUUUUAAAGGGAGUAUCUUUUUCUGUCCAACCUGGUGAAAUAUUAGCAAUUAUUGGUCCGUCUGCAUCUGGUAAAUCUACUUUAGCUAAAGGAGUAUCUUUUUCUGUCCAACCUGGUGAAAUAUUAGCAAUUAUUGGUCCGUCUGCAUCUGGUAAAUCUACUUUAGCUAAAGUGAUAGUUGGGAUAUGGAAAGCGUCAUCUGGCACAGUAAGGCUUGAUGGUGGAGAAAUUUAUCGUUGGAAUAGAGAGGAUUUUGGUAAACAUGUAGGAUAUUUACCACAAGGUAUAGAACUAUUUAGUGGUACUAUAAAGCAAAAUAUUGCUAGGAUGGAUGAAAAUCCUGAACCAGAUAAAGUAAUUGAAGCAGCUAAAAUUGCUGGUGCUCAUGAAAUGAUUUUAAGGCUUCCAGAUGGUUAUGAUUCAGAUAUAGGACCUGGAGGAUCAAAUCUUUCUGGAGGGCAAAGACAAAGGAUAGGUCUUGCGAGAAGUUUUUUUUGUAACCCAAAAAUGAUUAUUCUAGAUGAACCUAAUGCAAAUCUUGAUGAAGCAGGUGAAAUAGCUUUAUCAAACUCUUUGAAACAAGCAAAGAUUAAAGGUAUAUCUGUCAUAACCUUCAAUAUUAUCAGUUGUAGACAAGAUUCUAGUAUUACAAGAUGGGGCAGUAAGUAUAUAUGGUACCCAAGAAGAGAUUCAGAAUCGAGU